UCUUCACUAGGGAUAGGGAAACUCUGGCCUUGAACCUAUGACUUUUGUUUACCCCUCAGCAACCAGGAGGUCACAUGUGUACAAGCGUGGGCUCCUGGAACUGGCAGGGACCUUGGAUUGUGUUGGUCCUCGAUCACCAAUAGCCUAUAUGAACUAUGGCUGUUACUGUGGCCUGGGUGGCCAAGGAAAGCCACGUGAUGCCAUUGACUGGUGCUGCCAUCAUCAUGAUUGCUGUUACUCUCGAGCUCAGAAGACUGGCUGCAGCCCCAAGAUAGACCGCUACCCAUGGAAAUGCAUCGACCACCACAUCCAGUGUGGACCCACAGAGAACAAAUGUCAAGAAUUCCUGUGCAAGUGUGAUAAGGAGCUUGCAUACUGCCUUGCAGGGACAGAGUACCACCUGAAAUACCUCUUCUACCCCUCGGUUUUAUGUGAAAAGGACUCACCCAAGUGCCACUGAUAGGCUGGUCUUAAAAUGUCCAUUUGCCCAAGGAAAUGAAGUUUGAUUUCAGUAAAGAACAACAGCAUUCAAUUUCUGC